AAAAAGUAGGCCUAAAUAACCCAAUAUACAUGGAAACGUUGGAAAUUAGGUACUUAUGCAUAUUUUUUAUUAAUUGGCGAACCGUGUCGUCGGAGUUGUGGUAAAGUCGGUUAUGUCCUCCGUAUUACAUGAGCAAUAUAGGGUUAGUAGGUGCAGAGUGAAACAGAGAAGUGUCGCAACAUCAAGUGACAGGGAAGAUGUGUCAGACUGAACGAAGUUGACUUUUGCCACAUUCUUAUGGUGUAAAAUUUGUUUAAAAUUUGUGGUGGUAAAAAAAUCAACGUAUGUGGCCAUGAAGAAUCGAGAUAUUUUGUUUCAUCUUGUGGUGUUAAGUACAUAAACUUUUGUGGCAUAAUACAAGUUGACCGAAAUUAAUUAGUUUGCAAAGACAUCUAAUCGGAAUAUUUAUUCGAUAAUGAUUUAUUACAUCUGUAUUUAUAAUUUUCUAACCGGUUUCAAACGUUCUACCAGUAACAUAAAUUUUCUCAUAUUACAUUGCAGUGCCACAGUUAGGAUAAUAUAAUUGAACUCCAAAGAUUUUUAUAAAACUAAUGUUUUAGGCUGGUAACGAUUACAGCAAUAACGAGCACGAAGAAACAAGUCAUAAAAAUAAAAUACCGUAGGAGGGAAUCGCCGUGGUCACAAUGAAUAUGAGGUUUGACCACUUCAGGAUGGAGUGUGUUUGACACGAUUUCUACAUCCGUAUGUUGGGGGUGGCUUGUGUGGUUUGUAAUAGUAGUUUGUAGACUGCUGAUUUCAGAUCUGAGGAGACGUAUUUCAUCACGAGCUUCUAAUAAACUCCGGUGUUGCCAUCCAUAAGGGUCAUCUAUAUCAGCCCAAACCAAAAACCCAUGAGCUUUGCAGCGAUAAAAGUAUCUGCCAGGGUUGUCGUCGGUCCACGCCUUAGUCAACGAUGUCCGCCUUCUGCAGUGACAAAAAGGGCCUUCCUUCGGUAAAGCCGUACGAUUGGUCGCCGAUGAGCUAUGGCUGGAAGACAUAUCUCUAUUGAAUUUGUUGUGGAAAUUGGAAUUGGUGAAUGUGUGAGUUAAAGGGAAGAGAUGUUAUAUAAAUCAUAAAGAGUAUAAGCAAUGAGAACCGAACAAAUUUUUAAUAGAUAUCACCGCAGUUGCGACACGUGCAACAUAUUGAGAAUAGACCUGCAUUAUAAAAGCAAAUUCAGAUUAAGCUUAAACCGGAUUGAGCGAUUAUCAAAUGGGGGACUAAUAAUUUAUAUAAAAUGGGAAUCGUUUAUAUGAAGUGGGUCAGGUAUAUUACCUUCAUAAAAUAUGAAGUCCUUAAGUUAAAAUGGAAAGAGAUUUGUAUAAUGAGAAGUUAAAUCAUAACUGGAAAUUAACAUAGUUAGGAAGAGAUAAUGAUGUGAUUUUCAAAUUUAAAAUGGAAUAUAAUUAGUAUAUAGGUUGUCAGAAAAUGAUGAGCACUACGACUAGCUAGCCUGCUCGCAUUAAAUGCUGAAGAUAUUAUCUGGAUUCACCUUCUACAUAUAUGUGUAAGUAUCUCCGGUUAUGUGGAGGAGAAUUCGCUAUAAAUACAUGCUUCCUCUAUAAGAUUUAUCACAACUAAAAAACAAAUACUCCGGCUCCAAAGUGAAAAGGAAGAUCAAGUCGAAAAGAAAGCCAGAAGCUCAAGUCUUACAGGGACCACCCAAAAAGGUAAAUUCUGGUUUUAUAUACAAAAUCGUAGAUUUCCUUUCUUGUUAUAAACGGGACCACAAUAUUAGGUCAUCUUUACAAAGCUAUACGAAUUAAACAUUAUAGGACCGUACGAUAUACUACUAUAUUUAAUGUUCGAUUCUUUGAUGUUAUAUAUUAGUAUGUGGGUUUCCUGAUUUGUUAAAUGUACUUACUCUAUACGUUUAUGCAGAUGGGUCGUCUUGUUCGUGUUUUACGAGGUGAGUGGUCAAAAUCUGAGGAAGGGUUUUGGAGGUUCGACGGUGAUCCUGGAGAUAUGGAACAGUACGUUCUUGUCAAGCAAAACGAACCAAUAAAUUCCUUGAUCGGCCUAGUACGCGAGGAAUUUAUGCUUACCCCACAUACGCCGUUGUUACUGACUUAUCAGCUUCCGCCAUGGAUGCUCAUGCCUGACGGCCCUAGAGCCGCUCCAUUGAACAUUGUAUGUUCUGGUGACGUUGAAAUGAUGAUGAGUGUCCAUGAGUGGACAAGUGAAGUCAAUCUGUGUGUCACGUACGGUGCAGAAGCCGUCGCAAGAUAUGGUUUCCUCUGCAGGACUCCUUUCAGGUUCGGACAGAGGUCUUACCUAGGCCACGGAGUAAGCGAGGAGCAGCACCUGGCGGCUAUCAAUGGGAGGGAUCCUUUCGUAUGCAGCGAGACUGUUAUGCGAGAGAUAUUCAGGGAGGAUGAGAUGGUCAUCUUAUAUCGAGUAUCUUUUGAGGUUGAAAAGGCCCGUAGAAGCCUCGAUUUGAAUGCACACCCACCACCGGAGGAAGUGGUAGUUGAUAUGAGUAUGAGUGAUGAUGGGGUUGUCCCGGAGGUGGGAAGACGUGGAAAUGCGCAGCAGCAUAUAGGGCGUAGUAAUGAAAUGGAAGGGUUAGAGACCGCUAGGAUUGGAUCUCCAGUGGGUCCCCUUAACCCAUCUCCUAGUAUAUUUCGUCAGGCAUCCGCAGAUGAUGGGUUCCCUAGAGAGCAUCAGACCUAUAUACCUAAUUGGGGAGAGGUUGGAGUUGGUCCUGGGUUCUGGGAAAACAUGCUAGGUGAAGGUUACGUUUUGCCAAGCUCAAGUGGUAUGAAUGUCCGUGCAAAUGUCAAUGUUAACAGCGUCGGCGAAGGUCUUAAUAUUUCGGUGGCAUCUCCACCGGCGAGACCCACAUAUAUUGUUGAUAUUGAAGGAUCUUCAACAGGCUCUUCAUCUGAUGCAGCGGUUAACAAAAAUGCAGGUCUGGCACCAAGGGAGUGUGGUGUGUGGGAAACAAACGAAAUGCCAAACGUGCAUAUAAUCGACGAGGACCCUUUACCUGCAUAUGGUCGGGCUGAGCCCGAAAAUAUGGUUUACGAGGUGCCCGUCAUCAACGUUGUUGAAGAUGACACUUCUCGCAUCGACAUCGAAGAUACAAGCUCUGAAAUCGCCGGAGGGAAUGGUGGGUUUGAACCUUUGCCCUAAAGAAAAUGAACUAGGGUCGUUAACUUUUUGUGUGAAAUAUUUGGUU